UUGCAUUGCCAAUCUAUAGUUUGCCAGUUCGGUGAUUUGCGUUGCUCGAAGUGGUCGUUGCGCUUCGCAAUGACGAUAAGAUCGUUCAAUUUGGUGGCAAAGGGUCCCAAAUGGGGCAAUCGUCACCUGCAGGUGCUGUUCCUCUUUAUAUGCGCUACUUUGACCGUGGCGCAGCGUUUCAACAUGAGCGUGGCCAUUGUGGCCUUCACAAAUGCCAAUAGCAGCAACCCCAACUAUCCGGAAUAUCGGUUGACGGAGCAGCAAAAGUCAUAUAUCCUCAGUAGUCCCUUUUGGGGUUCCUGUUGCACCCACCUGAUGAGUGGCUACCUCUCGAGUCGCUUUGGUGCCAAGAUUCUGCUGCUGGCCAUCAUGCUUCUGACCGCUCUGAUCAGCACUGCCACGCCCUUCGUAUUGGCUUGGGGCGGGUGGCAGCUGUUGUUCUGGGUGCGAUUGGUCCAGGGACUGGCGAUGGGGGGCAUGUGGCCCUGUCUGUACACCCACCUGGCCAAGUGGUGCCCCAAAAAGGAAGCCAACCGCCUGGGCGGAGUGAUGACCACCGGCCUGGAUUGCGGCACAAUAAUAGGAUUUGCCUUGAGUGGCGUUCUCUCCGCCUCGCCACUUGGCUGGCCCAGCGCCUUCUAUGUGCCAGGAUACCUAGGAAUUGCGUGGUGCCUUCUUUUCCUACGUUAUGGCGCCAACAGUCCCUCCGAAUCCAGAUUUAUUUCACUGGCGGAGCGCAAACAUAUUGAACUGGAUCUGGAGCAAAGCCAAGUUGCUCGGGGUAAGACUCCUCCAGUGCCCUGGCUCCAAGUACUCACCUCACGUCCGUUCAUCGUGCUGGCUUUGUGUAAGAUGAGCCAGGCAUGCAGCUUCUACACGCUGAUGCAACAGAUUCCGCGAUACAUCCACGGGAUCUUCCGCUACAGCAUUACGAUGAAUGCCCUGCUUUCCGCCCUGCCCUUCGUCGUCAUGCUGAUGUCCUCGUACGGGUUUAUAUUCCUGGCUGAAUACUUGACCCGACAUCGGGACAUUUCCCUGCCCAUCCUCCGGAAGACCAUCAACUCGUUUGCCACCUGGACGCCGGCUGUGGCCUUGGUGAUCCUAUCCUACCUCAGCGAUCAGAACGUGGUGGGCAGUAUGUGUUGCCUGGUGGCAGCAACAGGUGCCAUUUCUGGACAGGCCAUUGGUAGUUCACUGAACCACGUGGACCUGUCGCCCAAUUUCGCUGGACUUCUCUUUGGGAUCAGCAACACAUUGAUGUCUGCGGCUGGUGUGAUAUCGCCCAUCAUUAUUGGACUAACGGUUACCAAUGAGUCGGAUCGCACGCAAUGGCGUACUGUUUUCCUUGGAAUCUCUGUGAUUUUGUUCCUGGGCAACUUGUUUUACGUGAUCUUCGGUCGAAUGACUGUCCAACCGUGGAAUGAUGCACAAUCCAAAGAAACCACAACGGGAGCAUCACCAAAAAUAGAAGCGCCUGCCAAGGCGCCUGAGGAAAUGCUUUACGUCGAAAAAUUUAAUUAUUUGUAA